CUGCCUCAAAAGUGCUCGACCAUGCACUUUGCUGUAAACCUUCCUUUUUCUUUUUUCCCUCCAAAUCUAUUGCUAUUUCGUCCCAAAAAGACACAAUUGUCGAAAACGUGGCAAGAUACUAGAAAAAUUAGUGCAAAUGGCUUCCCCUUACAAGUGGACGGUUCUCAAUGAGCACGCAUUUCCCCAAUUGCCCGACAUACCUUGAGUUGUGUUUAAGUCUGCUCCAAUGGCAUCCAAUACAGCUCCAGCAAAAUUUCACAUCGAUUACAACGACUCAACAGUCCAAAAUUUUGAGCUCCGGAAUGUGACAACGUGUCUCCAAUACCUCUUUUCAACAUUGCAAGCACUACCACCAGACUUCACUCUCCUCGACAUAGGAUGCGGUCCAGGUAGCAUAACCUUCGACUUAGCCCGACGGUUCCCUCGAGCCAAAAUCAUCGGCCUGGACCAAGAUGCCACCAUCAUCGAGCGCAACAAUUCAAAAGUCGACACCCUCGCACCUGGAUCGCUGCUGGAGUUUCGCACAGGCGACAUCCUGCGUCCAGAAACCUUCCUAAAGCCUGGAGACGCCAAACACUUCGACGUCGUGCACGAGCACACCACGCUGAUCUGCAUACCAGAGAACGCACCAGUGCUGCGGCAAAUGCAUCUUCUCGCCAACCCGAACGGCGGCAUCGUGGCCUGCAGAGACGGCGACACGCAUUCCCAAGUAGUCUUCCCCGCGUGUCCUGAGACUGCAGAGCUGCAGGAGCGCAUCUACCAAAUGAACGGCUUAGACACGCAGACGGGCCGGCGGCUCGUCGCGAAGGCGCUGGAGGCUGGGUUCAGGAGAGAUCAGAUAGUGGCGUCGGCGAGCGUGCUAUCGAAUAUUACGGAAAGGGAGAGAAAGGCGUAUGCGGGAUCGAUGUUGAAUAUUCUAGCGGAUGAGUCUUCAGAGUAUCGUCGUGCUGCGGUGAAAUUUGGGUAUCCGGAUGAGAGGGUGGAGAAAAUGAGGGAGGAGAUGCGGAAGUUCAUUGAUGCUGAUGAUGCGUGGAGGCUGUUGAUUUGUACGGAGAUUAUAUGUACGUUGGAUAAGAGUGCUCCUUAGAAAUUAGGUAUUUGAAAAUAGAACGUUUUGAUCAUUGAAGUAUUCAUAGCAU